ACCUGGAGCUUUCUUGUUGCAGUCAACUGACAGAAUCGUUAACUUCUUUCAAUUUCACUUCUUCCAUUUGGAAAGAAAAAGAGAAAAGACUUUGAAAAGACUUUCAAAAAAGAAGAAAAUUAAAAAUUCAAUUUUUAUUCAAGUUUUUAUUUGAUUUGUUUUGUUGUUAUUAUUUUUGGUAAGAAAAAAGAAAUCUAUAUAGUUUAUAAUUUUAUAGGAAAUAUAAAAAGAUCUGACCUAAUUCUGAUACUUUAAUCCAGUUAGUGAAACAAUUUGAGAGAAGGAAGGAGAUAGAUAGACAGACAGACAGAUAAUGAAUCAAUCAGUUAGAUAGAGAGAAGAAAAGGAAAUUGAUCUACAACUCAAGAAAGAAGUACACAAAAUGGCACAUUUAAUGAAUAUUAACGUUCCUCAAACUCUCCUAAAGAAGAUUAGUAAGAACAUUAUAUUAGAGGAGGAAGAUUUCCUUAAGGUAUGUAAAAUAUUUCGUCAAGAAGCUAAGGAUGGUCUGAAUAAAGAUAAGACAAAGAGGAAAUCAUUACAAAUGGAAAAUACUUUUGUCAGACAUCUAUUAGAUGGCGCUGAAUGUGGAGAUUAUAUGGCUUUAGACUUGGGUGGAACAAACUUUAGAGUUCUUUUAUGUAAGAUGAGAAAUGGAGAAUUACGAGAAACCAAAGUAAAAAACUAUAAUUUAGAGAAGGAAGUGUUAAGAGGACCAUCGGACGGAGUUUUUGAUCAUAUUGCCAAUAGUAUUGCGAAAUUCCUUACUGAAUUCAAUAUACAAAAUAAUAAUAUUCCUCUGGGCUUUACAUUCUCCUUCCCUAUGAGCCAAUUUGGAUUGAAUAAAGGUGUUCUUGUUACUUGGACAAAAACCUUCAAGUGUCCGGAUGGAGUUGGUAAAAAUGCUGUUGAAAUGUUGGAAGAUGCUUUGAAGCGAAAGAAAGUUACAAAAGUUAAAGUUGUGGCAAUAUUGAAUGAUACUACUGGAACGUUAUUGGCCGGAUCUUAUUUAGAUCAUAAAUGUUCAAUUGGACUUAUACUUGGUACUGGAUUCAAUGCGGCUUAUGUUGAAAAUGCCGCAAAUGUUAAACGUUGGGGAAAUGAAGAAAUGGGUGAUACGAAACAGGUGGUUAUUGAUACUGAAUGUGGCGCUUUUGGAGAUAAUGGAAGUUUGGAUUUCUUCAAGUCUGAAGAAGACUUUCUUCUUGACAAGCAUUCUAAUCAUAUUGGAUCUUUUACUUUUGAAAAAUUGUUUGCUGGCCACUACGUGGGAGAUCUUGUUAGACUUCACUUGAAAAGUUUAAACUCUGCAGGUACUUUCUUAUCGGAACCAUGCGAAGCCUUGAAACAAUGGGGUCAUUUUAAUGGCAGGCACGUGACUGAUAUAGAAAAGGGACACAACGUCGAAGAAAUUUUGCAGAAUUUACUCAAAGUUAAAGUUAGCAAAGAUGAUUGUUUAAUUGCUCGAUAUAUCUGCCGGGCAAUAUCGAUAAGAUGUUGCCAACUCGUAUCGGCAAUCAUCCUUGAACUAGGCAGCAUAAUGGAAAGAAAUCAUGUAACCGUUGCAAUUGACGGAUCCUGGUAUAGGCAUCACCCUAAAAUGAAAUCAGACAUGGAGAAAAUCUUGAAAGAAUUCGAUAAGAAUAGAGUUUACGAAUUUAUUCUAGCUGAUGACGGUUCGGGUAAAGGAGCGGCUUUCGUUGCCGCGGUUGCUACUGGCCUUGAAAAAGACUAAUUUUUAUACAUAAACAUUUGUUUAAGUCAUUACAACAAACUUUAGAAUAUACUGUACUUUUUCUUUUAAUUUUUAAAUCUUUAUAUCUUCUUUUAUCUAAUCAUUUGUAUUUAAUAUAAGACUUUGUUUAUAAGCCAUAUAGAAAGGAAAGAGGAAAGGAAGUGUAAUGAUAAAGAAUUUCCUUCGCAUUUCACUUCUUCAUCUUUCUUGUAUCGGUAAUCUAAAUGCUCUCUUAAUCCAUAUGGAUAAUCUGUAAAUAGGCCGUCAACUUUCUCCUUAAUAUAGGCAUCGUACUGUCUUCUUACAUCGUCCCCAUAUAUCCAAGGAAUAGAACGAUCUUCAACCGUAAAUGUCCAUACAUGAACUUUCAUAUUUUUAUCGUGAACUCGUUUUACUAAACCAGUUGAUUCUCCAGUCGAUAUUUUUGAACCACCUCCAAAAAAUACGGCGGCCUUUGUUACACCAACACCAGCUGCAUAUUUUGAAAGACUGUCCAGAAAGAAGUCAGUAAUAAGCGGCAGUGGUGUUAAGAAUAUAACGGGAAUCUUUGUUAACUUUGAUAAUUCUUCAGCAGUUUCUUCUUCAAAACUUUGUAAAUAGCACGGUCUCUUUUCUCCAUCGUAUCCAUGGUCGUGUAAGAUUUUAACAACUAUCUUUUCAAAAGACGUAUUCUGACUGUUUAAUAAUUCAUCUUUCAGAACUUCAUUAUGCCAAGCAGAAGCUUUUAAUUCGGGAUAGAUUCCAAUUGUUCUUGACGCAUUUUGAGCUAUUGAAAUAUAAUCUUCUAAACUAAGAAAUCUAUAUCGUAGAUUAUAAUUAGGAUUUCUCCCAGAUGACGAUUUUCUCUUUAUUUUCAAUCUUCUCAACUCUUGCCAAGUGAAGUCAACUGUGUAAUAAUCUCUCGCUGGAAACCCUAAACCUGGUAUAUCAUGAUAGUUAGAUUUGUUGUGAAAUUCAGGAUAAGAAUGAACGUCAGUUGUCGCAUUUAAAUAACAAUCAUGAUGGCAAACUGGAACUAAGUCUUUUGAUAGACAAAUAUCACAUUCGAUAAAGUGCGCUCCCUGUUCAAUAGCUAAUUUGUAUGAGACUUCUGUAUGGUCAGGCCGUUCCCCAGACGCUCCUCUAUGGGCAAUAUUCAAAGGAGUCUUGACUGAAAUUCCUGGAAGUCCAUGGUUGAAUACUGGCAAAUCAGUUAGGGUAUUAAUAAUAUUAGAAAAAUCCAAUACGAAUAGAAGGAGAACCGCCAACUUCAUUUUAAAAAUGUAAUAUGAUAAAAAAAAAGCAAGAUAAAUUUACGUCACUUAAAAAUCACUGAUGAAGUGUCUCCUUCAGUAUCCAUCAUAAAGAUAUAUUUAUUAAUCAAUUCUCUACAGGUAUGUAUGAAUAGAUAUACUGUAUAUAAAGUUAUAAUAAAAUAAUAAACAUACUAAUAUUAAUAAAUAUAUAGA